GAUGUUUUGGCUUUAAAAAUAUGGUUGAAUCAUAAAUCAUGUCUCAAGUAAGAGAAACGAUUGAAUUAUUAACAAAAUUGUUGAGAAGAAAUGGCACUUCUAAGGUUAAGGCAGAAGUGUUCAGACUGGCGAAGUUUAACAGCGAUGAAGCAGCUAUCCCAUUUUGGAGACUCUUGUUUGAGUUACUCUAUUUUCUGAAGUAUGGAGUGAUUGAUGAUGUUACCAUCAAGGCAUAUUCUGAGCUUACUCAAGAGGAACUUGCAGUGUAUGUGAAGAAGAGUAUGCAGAACCGAGGGUUCUACUCCAAAGAGUUUUCAUUACUACCCAUUGAUAUGAGUUCAGGUAGCAGGGAACUACUACUGGCCUUUGCCUGGCUCAUGUGUAAAGAAAAUGUUAUUGUCAAAUUCAUGGAACAAUGUUCAUCCCCAGUAGAUGAAAACACACUAUCUGUAUAUGAGUUUGAUUUGGAAGAGAAUAUCCAUUCCUCCAACUACCUGGCCUGUAGUAAGUCUCUGAAUCCAGUACAGAAGGUCCAGCAUCUGCAGCUCCUCAAUGGCAAGAUGAGGUCAAGUCUGAAACGUCUGUAUAACCUUCAGAGAGAAAGGGUCAAGCUUGACCACAAGGUCCAUGAGUGUACACAGGGAGUGUCUCUAUCACCCAGUCUGUCACACCUCACAGCUCUCGAGGUUCAUAUGCUCAAACAUCCGGAACUGUUGAAGAAGGUAUUUCAUCUACUGGAAAAAGACAAUGAACGGCUACAAAUACUGUUGGUAUGGUCUGAACAAGAGGAAAGGUUUUGGAAGUGGAUGGAGAGUGUCUUAGACCUUAAGAUGCAGGACACGUCUAUUUCUGGGGGUCAAAAUGCAACAAAGUUAAUGUAUUACAACAUUCCACCUGAUAGUGUGAGCAGCAUGGAGUCAGCUAGACUGCAGCUAGAGGAGGCCAUUGUCAAGUACGAGUCUAUCAUAGAGCAGCUGGAGGAUGUGUGGGAGUCCAAGAGAAGUACAGUAACUGAACAGGAACUGGACAACUUGCUCACUUCCAUCAACAUGGAGAUUUCAUUACAGCGAGCAAACCUAGCCCUGGACAACACAGAGCAAAUGCUACAGACUUAUAAGGAUCCAGGACUGUUUUACCAAAGAAAUACAACCAAUAGCAGUAAAAAGGUAUCAAACCUGCAGGUAUCGGCCAGAGAGCGGUCUGGACAAGGGGAUAGUCCAGACCCACCCACUGACAUUCGCUCAGAAAUUGCAGUUCUUGAGGCACAACUUAAAAGACUAGAAUUGGAAACUCAGCGUAAACGGUCACAUUACUGCUCUGAUUUGGAUGCCAUAGCCAGUUGCAUACCUGACUCUAUUUGUAUUCAGCCAAAAGGAUAUCGGUAAUACACCUGUGGCAAGGUACAACUGUGUGAGUGAUAGGGCAUUACAUGGCGUGCAUACAGCAUCCGUUAUUCUACAAAGAAGGGAAAGCUAAUAGAAGAUCAGCAAUCCGAGGAAUAGCCAAUGACGGCCAUGUUAUUACUUCUUACUUAAGACAGCAUUGUUCAAUGUUUGAUAAUUAAGUAGCAUUUUUUUGGCAAUUCCAGCGUACGAAUUAAGCUUUGGUCAUCAGUCUACCAUCUAUAAAACUGGAAGGUGCUCUAAGAUUGUAAUUAGUCCCUAAUUGGUACUACUAGAGGUGGCUAUAGGUUUGUAAUUAGUCCCUAAUUGGUACUAUUAGAGGGGACUAUAGGUUUGUAAUUAGUCCCUAAUUGGUACUACUAGUGGGGACUAUACAUUUGUAAUUAGUCCCUAAUUGGUACUACUAGUGGGGACUAUACAUUUGUAAUUAGUCCCUAAUUGGUACUACUAGUGGGGACUAUACAUUUGUAAUUAGUCCCUAAUUGGUACUACUAGUUGGGACUAUACAUUUGUAAUUAGUCCUUAAUUGGUACUACUAGUGGGGACUAUACAUUUGUAAUUAGUCCCUAAUUGGUACUACUAGUUGGGACUAUACAUUUGUAAUUAGUCCCUAAUUGGUACUACUAGUGGGGACUAUACAUUUGUAAUUAGUCACUAAUUGGUACUACUAGUGGGGACUAUACAUUUGUAAUUAAUCCCCCAUUGGUACUACUAGAGGGGGCUAUAGGUUUGUAUAAACAAUGUAUGGUACUUUGUUAAUACUUAAUUUUGUUCCUGGUGCAAUUUUGCAGUAAAUAAUAUAACCUACUGUAUUUUUUUACACCUGGAGAUGGCAGUGUCCUGUACUAUCAUACAGAGUUAUGUCCCCUUGUUAAAUAUCUAGUAUACCAUUUGACAAAUGCCAUAUUCACUUAAAUUGUAUCUGGGUGGCUUAAUGUUGCAUACCAGUAUUGAAAAUGGAUCAUUUUGCUUCAGUGUAUCAAUGAUGUAAGUUUAGCAUCUAUACUUAAUUUAUCCAUGCAUUUAUCAGAGAUAAUAGCAAUAUUCUGAUGUACAUGUAUGUAAUGCCUGUUACAUAAGUAGAGAGACCAGUUCAUGUGAAUUGUGUGUAUGUUAAAAUCAUUGUCUCCAUCUUCUGCAAUUCACAUGUUCAUUCUAACUAAAAUGUUAUUUGUGGAUCUUAACUUCCAUUAUGUAAAUUAUAGUCGGCUACAAUUGUACACAAAGUAGAGUUCAGUUUAGGAAAGAGGAUUCUAGAUCAAGAUAUAAUUUUGAUUACAUACAUUGUUUGCAUGUUUGGAUCAAAUUUCUUAUUUAACUAUCUGAAAGAAAUAUAAUUCAAUAGGAUAGUUAUAAAACAUGACUGCUUUAUAAAAACUAAACUAUAGUGAGUUUAGAAUUGAGAAUAGUGAAUUUCAACAUGAAACAUUCAUGACAUACCUUGAUUUGUUUUAUUGAAUGAAGUAUUCUGUUGUUAAUUUCCCAGUUGUAAAGCAUUAGACACUCUAUUAAGAUGGACAUAUUUGUUUGAGUAAGUAGGACCACUGUUUGUUGUGAUUAACAUAUCUGUGAUUCAUUUGUUGUGUUAUGAUAUUUGAUUUUGAAUUUUGUAUAAAACAAUUGCACUCGGUUAAUAUUUAUGCACAGAACCAUAUCGGUCUAUGAAGGUCGUUAAAAUGAUGAGUGAAACUUGCUACAUGGAAGGUACAGUGGAGAGUCGUAUGUUUUUCAGGAGAAUGUGAAAUAAAAUAAGGAUAAUAGUAAAAAAAAUCCCUUUCUAAAUUGAUAAAAUAAUGCAAAGAUAAUCAUUAUAUAGUGAAUGUAUUUUAGCCUGUUAUAUAAUUUAAUGGCAUAUAUUGGAGCAGUAUUAGGAAGUAUAUAUAUAUAUUUAUGGUCAGUAAUUAUAAAAUGAUGACUCUUGCGUAUCAAGUAAAAGUUUGCAUGUAAUUUUUUUUCGAUCAAAGAUGUUUAUAAACUUUUCUAAGUUGUUUAAAUAGUGUUUAUGCUAACAUUACAAUUAGAUUCAUCAGUGUUCACAUAUUAUUUCCUUUGAGAUUAUGCUAUAUACCAGUAGGCUGAUAAGAAAGCAAUAUAAUGUUCUCUGCUACAUUUUUCCUUUGAAUGACCUCAAGAAAAUUUACACCAUUUUGUUAAAUCAUUUCACUUUUUCUUUCUUUAGGAAUUCUGUCCUGUUUGACAAUGAUAGUUUAAAAGUGGUAAUUCUUGAUAUAUCCACAUAAUUUUUGUUUCCAUUACGCCAUCUUUAAAAAAUAACUUGAUUUGCUGUAACACGACCAGGGGGUUUUACAUAUGGGUUAGGGAGUGGUAAACGUUAUUUUUACUCUGUUCUUGAAAACAGAUUUUCAACCUUCAAUACGAAAACAAACCAGGAUAUAAACUGUUUGGAAACCAUUAUUUAUUUUGUGAUCUUAUACAAAAGAAACACACGCCAAGCUUAUUUGGGUUUAAGAGACGUAUUUUCAAACUUGCAAAGCAACUUCCAGACAUAAAUUUCCGGAUCAUUAAAUAAAAAAUGCUUGAUUUUUCGCAAUAAAAUUUUCUAAGUAGGCAUAUUUUUUCUGGGUCGGGCGGGUUACGCCAAACCAACUAUAUUUUUAUUUUGGCCUUAUCAAGGUCAGACUGACAUAUUUUCUUCUUUUAUUUAUUUAUUUUUUGUGGAUUAACAGCCGAUAAGAGCCAAUGACUCCUGCAGUACAUGAUAGUACCACUUAAACUAACACUUGCCCUGUGGAAUAUAGUCCAUGAAAUGUUUACAUAUUUGUGUUUUAUAUUUAUGCAGUUACUUAAUUUAUUUUUAAAGUUCAAUAGAAAGACUUUGUUCUAUCAUGUUCAAUAUUUUAGAUUAAUAAAUUUGUUUCUUUGUG